CGUAACUCAAACACACUGCAGUUUAGAGACAGCAGAAUAUGCCUGACAACAUUAGCACAGCUCACUUAAAACAGUAGAACCACAACUCCAUUAAACACUGCUCUCUAAACAGAAGCUCUCAGUUACCCUUGUGCUUUUUAACCAGUGGUAAGAAACUCACACCAGCAGCAGAACACCAUCUCAGAACUCCAUCUCAUCUGUACCGUACUGCAAGGACUUUUGAGAGAUUUACACUCUAGUUAUAAAGAUGGAGUCCCAACUGACAGAACUUCCCACCUUGCUGUCCAAUCAAUCCAUGGAGAGCUGUCCAUCAGUGGAUAAUACAGUGGAGAACAUGGUCUUUGGAUUCUACUACAUUAUAGUUUUCCUCUUGGCCAUGAAGGGCAAUAGUCUCGCCUUGUGGAUCUUCCUUCGCCAGCGAGGCACUUCUUCUCCAGCCAAUGUCUUCUUGCUCCAUCUUGCUGUGGCUGACCUGUCAUAUGUCUUCAUUUUACCUCUCCGGGCCACUUAUCAUUUAACCGAGGGCCAUUGGCCAUUUGGUGAAGUCCCUUGCCGCCUCGCAGGCUUUCUCUUUUAUGUUAACAUGUAUGCCAGUUUGUACUUCCUGGCCUGUGUUGCAGGUGAUAGAUACCUUGCUGUGGUGCAUGCUGUACGUUCCCUCAAGGUCCGGCACCCCCGUUAUGCUCAUAUAGCUAGCUUCGCCCUGUGGGCUUUGGUGACAGUCUCAAUGGCACCCCUUCUGGUCACCCAGCAGACUGCAGAGGUGAACGGUUCUACUGUAUGUUUGCAGCUGUAUAGAGAAAAGGCCUCACGCCGUGCUCUAGUCUCCCUCGCAGUGGCAUUCACACCUCCCUUUGUUGCAACCCUCGCCUGCUACCUGCUUAUAAUGCACAGUCUGCGAAAAGGUUCAAGGCUGGAGCCAGCACUGAAACUUCGAGCUCUACGCACAAUCGGCCUGGUUAUGCUAAUCUACAUAGUGUGCUUUCUGCCCUAUCACCUAACCCGUGCAACCUUCAUUCUAGGUUAUGGACACCCAGACUUGUCGUGCCAAAUCAAAAGAGGCCUUGCUUUGGCCAACCGACUUACUUCCUCUCUAACCUGCCUAAAUGGAGCUUUGGAUCCACUGGUCUACUUGUUUGCUGCUGAGAAGUUUAGGGGGAGCAUUCGAAGGCUUCUCUGCAGAGAUAAAUCAGGGGGGUCAAGUGCUACCAGCGGGGAUUUGAAAGGUACACAUGAAAGUUCUAUGAGUGCCAAGUCAGAGUUCUGAGACAAUAAUUAAAGUUGUUCCUUCUCAUUUCUGACCUAUAACAAGCUUUCCUGUAGCUCAGUGGUAAGAGCAUUGCGUUAACAACACAAGGCUGUGGGUUCGAUCCCAGGGGAUUGCAUAUGGCUUAUAAAUGUAUAGGAUAAUGCAAUGUAAGUCGCUUUGGAUAAAACCGUGUCAAAUACGUAAAUGUAAAUGUUACAAAAAACCAGAAAGAUGUUUAAAAACUGCUAUGUGACAAGGUGUAGCCUACAGUGUACAAGCUAAAAUCCCCGGAACUAUGUUUUUACAAGCCCCAAAAAUGUGUCAUACUGUGUUUUUUUGGGGACAAGCUGUUCAAAAGCUGUUAGCUAUAUUUGCUUAUUAGCACUCACAAACGUAGCAUUACGUCAUAACUUUCUGUUUUUUCCACAUUCUAACUUAAGUUGCAUACUGCCAAAAUGCUACAGCUUAGCUUACAGAAAUAUAAUAUAUAAAAUUGACAUAUUGAUAUUUGACUUACCAGUGACAAAAUUUUUAAUGCACACAUAUCGUAAGGGAUAUUGAGUGUGUCAGGAUACUGCAAUUUAUCCAUUCUUCCUGCUGAUGCAACAUGUCUUAUCCACUUUGGUCUCCUUAAAGUCUGGCUUUUACUGUUCGGUAGCUUAUACAAAUAAUUGUGUUUUUUUUUAGCGUGUUUACUGUACACCUUGUCACACAGUAGCUUCUAGACAUUGUUCUUUUAUUGUUUCAAGUCAGAAAUGACAAGGAGGCAGCUUCCCACAAUAGAAAGUCAAUGAAGAGGGUUGGACUGUUUCCCCCACUGUGGGAGUAGCCUAAAUGUGCUCUGUCUCAAUAGGGAGCUGAGGAGAUGACGUAUUUUUUGUAUGCAAGCGAUUAAGCCCGACAUGACUUCCGGUUCAAUCGCCCAAAAGUUUAUGGGUUUUUGAAUGAGUUUUUGGUAAAUCGCCUGAAGUAAGGUCUGUGGUUAAAAAAGCCUCUAAAUAUUUAUAUUAUAUAUUAUAUUUAUAUUUACAAUUAUAACCGGCCUCUGAUUAUUUAAAGCCUUACUGUGUCUUAAAACAUAGGUUGCUAACAAGUUGCUAAAACCGACUACUUUCCUUAGAUGUCAUUGGGCAUAAAAAUCUUAAAAAUAAUGCAACAUGGGCACGCAUCUCUAAAAACAUAGAUGCGGAUUCAUUCAAGGAGUAAUUACUUACUAGGGAAGAUAUUUUUAUUAAGAUUGACAGAGUUGGUGGUGGUGAUGUUGAUAUCAAGCGACUAUAUAGUAUAGUCUGUUUAUAGCAUCAUGUUAGCUUUUUACUUCUGGCGAUUUUAUUUCGGCUUCAAAAGUAACAAAUGUUGUGAUAAUUUGUAAUGAUGAUUAUAUUGAUAGACAAAACAUGUAAACAUCAUAAACCUUUGUUUAUCAUUAUUAUUUUUGCAUGGUCUUUUGGUCGAGAGAACUACUGCAGCGCUAACUUCCGGGGUUGGCCUUCAAAAACACAUCAUCUCUGUGACUCCAUAUUAUACACAAACUAAUGAACUGUACAGAUAAAUUAUGUUUUACUGGUCCAGAGUGGGUUCUGUGGUUAUAGCAUUGUAAAUCUGUGGUAAGAAUUUGUAAAUGCACCUGUUAGAAUACUGCUUUUGAUAUACCUUGACAGCUUGUUACUAACUAAAUAAAUGUGCACUUCACUUUAUAAAGUCAAAUAAAAUUAUAAAUGUUGUUAUAUGACUCUUAUUAAUUAGAAGAGGUUGUUAGAGCUUUUAGGUUUUGUUAUCACUUUGAGUUUUAUGAUGCUUUUAAAUCAUUGCAACCCAUCAGUAUAAAUGUUGUUUUGUCAGUCUGUUUGCUAUUAUCUAUAUUUUGUAAUAUUUGUUCUGUAUCUAUCAGUGUAUCUGUGAUAUAUCAG